AUGCAUCCUUUUAUCUAUAAUCCCCUAAGCCUUUUCGACGAUCAAAUUUCCAAGUCAAAUACUGCACACCAUGAGCUCUGGCGCUCAAUUCAGUUCCACAGCUUUGCGCUGGAGCUCGACGAUCUGGUCAUUGUGUCUCUGCUUGCAAUUUUUGUCUCUUUGUGGACAAGUCAUGGUACUCUCUGGUCGAGACCUCAAAAGGGACAUCACCUCUACUUCGUCUCUCCUCAGCUACAGGAAGAGAUCUUUCUAAACAUCGGGCGUGGACAAAAGGAAUUUAUCACUCGGCAAAUCAACGACCGCAUGACACAGCUUGGGAAAAGCAUCAUCGUUUUUUGGGGCUCUCAAAGUGGCAAGGGAGAGCGCCUAGCCAACAACUUUGUCCGAGAGUGCACCACACGCUUCAAUUUACCCGCAAUUGCAGCCAAUUUGGACCUUUUCGACUACGAUCAACUUGCAGAGCUAAGCGAAGGACGAUUAGUUGGGUUCAUACUUGCAACCUAUGGGGAAGGUGAUCCGACAGACAACGCUUCUGGCCUACACGAAUACCUUCGGAAAAUUGAGAAGAGCCGGACCCGACCGCUGUCGCAUCUUGAGUAUUUCUGUUUCGGUCUCGGAAAUUCCAAGUAUCAGUUUUAUAAUCGUUUUGUCGAUUUCGUCGAUGAGACGCUCAUUCAGUGCGGUGCUCAGCGAAUUGCACCCGUUGGCAAGAUCGAUGAGGCUGAUCAUUCUGAAGACAGCUGGCUAAGCUGGAAGGAUCAAAUGGUGAAGAAACUGGCAGAGCGCUUUGAAUCCCAGGAAUGCGUUGAUCAACAAUGGCCAGUCUUCGAUCUGGUUACCCUGAACGACGGUUGGCCAAGCAGAACGGUUAUGAGCCAUGUCGCAGAGACAUCAGCAACAACGAAUUCCAACAAGCAGCAGCAGCUAGUGCGAGUUAGUCGGUCUUUCCAGUUGUCUGGCUCAGGAUCUUCCAAAACGAGGCAAGAUGCUGUCCGAACCUAUCUGCAUAUUGAGCUAGACACAAGGAUAAGCAACCAGAAGAUCGGAUAUGAGACUGGCGACCACGUUGCCAUAUGGCCUGUCAAUCCUAAUAGCGAAGUGGAUCUGCUUGCGAGCAUCUUCGGGUGGGACAAAAAGUCCUUGAAGUCCACCAUUGACAUUAGGCCUCGUAACCCAACCACGAGUGAAAUCGCCGCCAUCCCCAUACCUACUCCUACCACCCGAGAAGCCUUACUACAAUACCAGCUCGAUAUCUGUGGCCCAGUUAGCCCCGAGGUUUUGGACAUGCUUGCAACGUACAGCCCGAGCACCGAUGCCACAGCGUACCUUGAUCGUUGCCGAUUUGACCCCGAAGCCCGCUCAGAGAUCUCCAUCCAACAUCUUACAUGUGGACAGCUCAUGAAGCGCGCAGCGCCUGGGGCAACCUGGACUGAAGAUGUCUUUUCCGCUUUGCUUUCUAUGAUGCCCAAGCUCCACCCUCGAUAUUUCUCCAUUGCAUCUUCGCCCCUGGUGGACCCAGAAUCCAUCGCUAUUACCGCUGGACUCGUCGAAACACCAACCUCACAAGCUGAUCAGCCAUUUGUUGGCUUGACGACGGGAUAUUUGUAUGCUUUGCAUGGACAAAAAAAUCAAAUCAACAAAACCAACAGACUUCGACCUCAAUACAACUUCGAUGGGCCACGGUCUAUUCUAAGUGGCUAUAAGAUGUUUGCACACGUACAAAAGUCGAAGUUCAAGCUACCAGCCAAGACAGAUACACCGAUCCUCAUGAUUGCGGCUGGAAGUGGCAUUGCGCCUUUCAGAGGCUUUGUCCAGGAACGUAUGGCCCUUUCAAGACAAGGAGUUUCAGUUGGCAAGAUGAUACUUUUUUAUGGAUCCCGAUCAAAGGAGGACUGUCUUUACUCGGAUAUAUGGUCCGAGGCCGAAAAUAUGGGGAUUAUGGACACACAUUUCGUGUUCUCAGCUCAUUUGGUUGAUGGGGGAAAGUUUUAUGUCCAGCACAAAUUGCUUGAACAUGCAGAAACCACGAGGCAACUGAUUGGAAAUGGCAAUGGGUCUGUCUAUAUUUGUGGUAGUGCCAAUAUGGCCAAUGCCGUGAAGACUAGCCUUGCAAAGCUUCUUUGUGAUAGCGGGGCUGUCAAGCAUUUGAAGGAAUCUAAACGACUUCAGGAGGAUGUUUGGUAG